AUGGUAUCGUGGCUGAAUAGUCUCUAUUUUACGUGUAUAAAAGCAGCAGCGAGUACUGUAAAGAGCCAAGAAAGGAAGCACCAGAAGCUUUAUGGCCGACGACCUCUGCUUAUACUAUACAAGUUCCACCGAUUUUUCCAAUUUUACCCUUCAUCUUCGCUCAAAUUCUCCUACUACCCUCAUCCUUUUUCUCCAUUGCCCUCGUUGCUCAGACAGCAGAGAACCAUGGGAGAUUCAGUAGAUUUGACCGGGGAUGGAAGUGUGCUUAAAACAAUUGUGCGGCGAGCCAAACCUGAUGCAAUUGCCCCAUCAGAGAGCCUCUCUCUUCUUGAUGUUCAUUAUGAAGGCGUUCUUGCCGAGACUGGUGAGGUUUUUGAUACUACACAUGAAGAUAAUACCAUCUUCACCUUUGAACUGGGCCAGGGCUCUGUGAUUAAGGCUUGGGACAUUGCACUGAAAACCAUGAAGGUUGGUGAGGUCGCAAAGAUCACUUGUAAGCCAGAAUAUGCAUAUGGCAGCGCUGGUUCUCCACCAGAUGUCCCCCCAGAUGCAACUCUUGUUUUUGAGGUGGAGUUAGUCGCUUGCCGACCUCGAAAGGGCUCGAGUCUAAGUAGUGUUUCAGAUGAAAAGGCUCGACUGGAGGAGCUUAAGAAGCAGAGGGAACUUGCAGCCUCUGUCAAAGAGGAAGAGAAGAAGAAAAGGGAAGAAGCAAAGGCAGCGGCUGCUGCUCGGAUUCAAGCUAAGCUUGAAGCAAAGAAAGGUCAGGGCAAGGGAAAGGGCAAAUCCAAAUAG